AGAAGCGGGAAAAAUGGGCUUGCAUGAGGACUGAGUGACUUUGACAAGAACCACACCGUGAUGGCUAGACGACUGGGUCAGAACAUCUCCAAACCGGUCAGCACCUAUCAGAAGUGGUCCAAGGAAGGAAAAGCCGUGAACCAUGGACGGCCAAGGCGAAACUGCUGAAAAAGCUGAUGCUGGUUCUGAUAGAAAGGUGUCAGAACACAGAGCAGACACAAUGGCGUCCAGGUGCAAUGCAAGGAAAUAAUCUCCAGCUCUAACAGUGACUAGGUCGUGACACUCCCUUUCAUUUCUGCAUGAGAUUUACUAUCUGUGUAUCAUUUAUUUCAUUUCAUUUAGCCAUUGAGGAAGAGCCGAAAAUUGUAAGCAUGUAAACAUAUUCAUUAUUAAGUGCUUAAACACAGCACUGCUAUGAAUUUGUCAGGAGGAAAUUAUAUUUAUAUAAUUAUAUAUAUUGAAUUUUCAAACACAUUUUUGCCUUGUGUUUCAGGAAACCUUCUGCCAAAUGUCAUGUCUCCUCAAGAAUGAAUUUAGUUGUAUCUAAAUUUACAUAUUUCACCAAAUAGAUGCCUCAAAAUAUAAGUAUAUCAAUGUCAUGCACUAAGAGAAAACAGCCCAAAGUACAGCGUCGUGAUGGCCCAAAGUAGAGGCCAACAGGAAAUGGUAAAAAAAACUAGAAAUCCCCCUCAGGGCUGGACCUGACUCCAAACCUUAUAAAGACGAGAUCAAGCGAGAGCACGUGAAGAAGACUCACUGACAUGGAUCUCAGAGUGCUGAUUGUGUUUCUGUCGCUGUGGUGCUCAGGGCUCUGGACUGAAGUCCCACAUAGUUCCACUGCAGUGCCUGAUGAUGUCAGGCUGGUGGGAGGAGCCAGCCACUGUGCAGGUAACCUGGAGAAGAAACACCAGGGAGAGUGGAGAGCAGUGGAUGACCAGAUCUAUGCGUGGAACCUGACAUCGGCAGCUGUAGUGUGCAGACAGCUCAACUGUGGUUCUGUUGUUUCAUUACGAAGAACACAGGGUUCCUCUGUUAAAAUGAACGGGGUACUUGAAUUUACUGACUAUAUGCAGGGCUUGAGGCUGGCUAAAUCUUCAUCUGCCAGCCUGGAGAUCACCUGCUCAGAGUCUGUCAGGCUGGUUAAAGGGACUAGUCUGUGUUCAGGCAGACUGGAGGUGAAGUCUAACCAGUCCUGGUCCUCGGUGUGUGAAGCUGACUUUGACCUGCAGGAUGCAGAGGUGGUCUGCAGGGAGCUUGGCUGUGGGGCUCCUUCAGUCCUCCAGGGGGCGCAGUAUGGUGGAGUAGAGGCUCCAGUGUGGACCAGAGAGUUCCAGUGUGGAGGCCAUGAGUCUGCUCUCUGGGACUGUGGCAGCUCUGUUAGAAACACCUGCUCUUCUGGCAAAGCCAUUGAGCUCUCCUGCUCAGAACCUGGUGAUGUCAGGUUGGUUGGAGGAGCCAGUCGGUGUAGUGGCAUGCUGGAGAUUAAACAACAGGGCGAAUGGAAACCAGUGGCUGAGAGGGACUGGAACCUGAGGUUAGCAGGCGCAGUGUGUGGACAGCUGGACUGUGGCUCUGCUCUUUCCACCAGAAGAAUAAAGACACCCUCAUAUAGUAAACAUACGUGGGGAAAGAAAUCUGACUGUGAUGCAUCUACAGUGAUGAAAUGUUUUACAAAACUUCUAUAUUCCUCUUCCGUCCUACAGAUAACCUGCUCAGAGUCUGUCAGGCUGGUUAACGGGACUAACCUGUGUUCAGGCAGACUGGAGGUGAAGUCUAACCAGUCCUGGUCUUCAGUGUGUGAAGAUGACUUUGACCUGCAGGAUGCAGAGGUGGUCUGCAGGGAGCUUGACUGUGGGGCUCCUUCAGUCUUCAAAGGGGGACUCUAUGGAGAAGUGGAGACUCCAGUGUGGAUGAGGACUCUCCAGUGUGAUGGCAGCGAGUCUGCUCUCCUGGAUUGUGGAAGCUCAGGCUCAGCCAGAAACACCUGCUCACCUGGCAGAGCGGUUGGACUCACGUGCUCAGACCCUGAUGAAGUCAGGUUGGUGGGAGGAGCUAGCCGUUGCACUGGUAGACUAGAGCUGAAGCACCAAGGAGACUGGAAAUCCGUGGACAACGUAGGCUGGGAUCAGAAAGAAACAGCUGCAGUAUGUCGACGGCUGGACUGUGGAUCCUCUGUUUCAACAAUAAAGAAAAUGGAUUCCUCAGAACAACCUGUGUGGUGGAUCAACUCAUGCAUUCAGUCUAAAACUACACUGAAGGAAUGUGUGACAACAACGGAUAUGUCCAGCUAUUCCAGCCUGGAAAUCACCUGCUCAGAGUCUGUCAGGCUGGUUAAUGGGAGUGUCUGCUCAGGCAGACUGGAGGUGAAGUCUGACCUGUCCUGGUCCUCAGUGUGUGAAGAUGACUUUGACCUGCAGGAUGCAGAGGUGGUCUGCAGGGAGCUUGGCUGUGGGGCUCCUCUAGUCCUCCAGGGGGCGCUCUAUGGAGAAGCGGAGGGUCCGGUGUGGACCAGAGCGUUCCAGUGUGGAGGCCAUGAGUCUGCUCUUCAGGACUGUGGAGGGUCUGGCUCAGCCACAAACACCUGCUCACCUGGCAAAGCUGUUGGACUCACCUGCUCAGAUCCGGACAAUGUCAGGUUGGUGGGAGAGGCCAGCCGAUGCGCAGGUACGCUGGAGAUGAAAAACCACGGAGAGUGGAGACCAGUGGCGGACUGGGGGUCUGACUGGGACCAGACGUCUGCAGCUACGGUGUGCAGACUGCUGGAUUGUGGUUCUGCUGUUUCAACAACAGUGACAUAUGAUUCUCCAGACAGACUUGUGUGGUGGCUCAAGCCUUCCUGUGCCCAUUCGGCAGCUGCACUGUUGGAGUGUAUGAUGCUGACUGGUGUUAAUGAAACCUACACCAGCCUUGAAGUGCUAUGCUCAGAUAUUCUGGCUUCGCCAAACAUCUCCUUCUCUACUUACACUGACGGGGAUUCUGAGGCCAAGCAGCAGGGACUUCAGGUGCUCACGGGCUCCACCUUCACCAUCGGCUGCUCCAUCCUGCCACAGUAUCCAGGAGGCUCCUUCCAGCUUAUCUUCACCAACUCUGACACAACGCAGAACCACACCCUGCCAGCUGUCAAUCACUCUGCCCAUUUCCUGUUCUCUGCUGCAGACCACACCCACCAAGGGGACUACAGCUGUGUUUAUCACAUCUAUGUUUUCUCCCACAACUUCUCUUCUGAGAGCCAGCCACUCCAUCUCACUGUCUCAGCCUCUCUAAUAGAGUUGAUCAUCAGACUUGUUGUCCUCCAGCUGGGUAUGAUGUUACUUAUCACUGCCCUCUGCUUCAGCUACAAGGCCAGCAAAAACCAGAGGCUGGGACAAGGGAACACCACUGAGAUUAAUGAGUAUGUUCUUGGUGGUUCCAGUGCUGAAGGCUGGCUAGGUGAAGAGGCUAAAGCCCAGAGGAAUGAGUAGUAUCUCCGAGGUGGAUUCACACAUAAGAUUAUUAAAAACAGUGAAAGACUUUAGACAGCUGUUAACUCCAAACUCAGAUCUGUAAGACCCCGGAUCCCAUUUACUCUCACAGUAUCAUUGAUUCAAUGCACAGUCCAACAGCAGAGAAGUGGUUUUACAGGUUGGUGUGCAUGAACUUUACUCACAAAUGAGGCUGUCAGUACUCCUCCUGCAUUUUCUAAUAUUAUUGUAUUAUUUCUUUAUUUCAUCAACUGGCUCAAUGCUGCCAGAUAAAAAAGAUUCUUAUUGAACUCGGCUGCUGAGAAAUUCAAACAUGUUAAAUGUGAAUAUAUUGAUGUGGAAUAAUUAUACAUCUAAAUUAUAGAUAUUACUGAAAACAGUAUAAAACUACAAGAUUUCACUUGCAGUGUUGCUGAAUCCCUACUUUUUUUCCUAAAUUUCUCUCUGCUCGGUUGUCCUUGGUCACUGCUGCUAUCUCCCGUGUAGGGCAGCAGAUACGUGUUGCAUGGAAAUCUUUAUAAAAUAAGGAUGAAAAACCAAAACUGUCUUUGAGUAAGUUUACUUCACAGAUGAAAAUGGGCUUGUGGGUCUACACAAGAAUGGGGGAUGUCUGUCGCACAUACCUCACUAGUUCGUUGCUAGAAAUAUGUCCUUUACUGUAGAUUUCUGUUUAUCUCUGAAGACCUGCAGUCCAGGCCUUCCUAUUCUGAGUAAACUGUCAUAAAGCCAUAAGCCAUAAAGAACCAAAAUCAGACAAAGUUUAUCACUUUAACGUUAACAGAGAAAUAAAAAAUCUAGCAUUUUAAAAUGCAUCUAUUACAUACCCCUCAAAUUUACAAGAUGAACAGUGGAGAAAUGGAUGAAACUGCAGGAGCAGUUUGACUUUACUAAUGUACUGUGGCAUGAUAUCUUGUAAGUAUUGAGAAGCCUAGGAUUUUUUUUUAAAUGCAUUCUUGAAGAAACUGGCAAUCAGUGCAAAUGAAAUAAAUCUAGGGUGAUGUGAUAGUGUAAAAACAUUCAAAGCAGGCCUAUAACACUUUUAAAUGGGAUAAACUGAUACUUAAAAUAGUUUCCCCUUCAGGCUCCCCUAACAGCAGAACACAGUCUGGUUCCAGUAAUUAAAUGGUGCUGUAGUACCUGAAAUUUAAAGAGGUGGUAUUCUGUUUUUAGGCUUUUCCCCUCUCCUUUAUUGAGUUUAUAUCUUUUUUGUGCAUGUAACAGGUUUGCAAAGUGAAAAAGCCCAAAGUCCAGCCCAAAGGGAGUUCCCAUCUCCCACAGAAAGCUCUGCUCUGGACCGCUUGAAAACAGCUCGUUUGUAGUCCAGACCUUCACUUCCUUUACUUGUGACGUCACAAUGAAUACGCCUCAUAAAGCUCGCCAAGCGGAUAGCGGGGUCAGGCACGCCCUCAAACCAAGCUAGUUUCAGCGGAGGCCCUUUGGCUCGACUCGCCUUUGUUUGGUUUUCCACUGUAGAAAAGUUGCACCUGUACCUGCUUCCAGGUAUGUUUUUUUGGAUCACCUCCAUCAAGGUUCCAAGCGAGCUGAGGGAUACUAAAAUGUGACGUGAAAACACGACAGACUGCCGACUGGUCAGAUAGAAUCGACAGAGGCCAGCAACAGGAAGUUUUAUAUUUUACAGUUUUCGUAUGGAAUUUCAUCACUAAAUCCACUUCUGAGAAGUUUUGAGGUGAAAUCAGCUGUGUAGAUUUCCAAUAUUGACAGUUU